AGUGAAGUGAGAAAUAGAGAAGAAGAGUAAUGGCGUGGAGACUGAACUCGGGUGAUAUAGCCGGAUUCAAAAUUCUAUUUAGUCUGGGGAUUUUGUACGGAUUGAUAUCGGUCCUUGUAUACUCCAUCAUUCACAUGAAGUUCAUCACACCUCUUCCCAUGGACGCUCCUCCUGAUCGGUUCUCUGAGGCCAGAGCUAUUGAGCAUGUCAGCGUCUUAUCAAAGGAUAUCGGAGGUCGCCAGCAAGGGCGUCAAGGUCUGAGACUAGCGGCGAAAUAUAUUAUGACACAGUUGGAACUGAUGAAGGAGCGAGCUCAACCUGGUAUUAGAAUAGAGAUAGAAGAGACCAUUGUUAAUGGCUCAUUCAACAUGUUCUUUUUACGGCAUAGCAUCUCUCUGGCUUAUAGAAAUCAUACAAAUAUUAUUAUGAGAAUCUCAUCAGUGGAUUCAGGAGAAAAUGAUUCUGCAGUUUUGAUAAAUGGCCAUUUCGAUACUCCACCUGGUUCUCCAGGAGCUGGUGAUUGUGGUUCUUGUGUUGCAUCGAUACUCGAGCUAGCCAGACUCUCUGUUGAUUCCGGCUGGAUUCCACCUAGACCAGUAAUAUUUCUAUUUAAUGGAGCUGAAGAACUGUUUAUGCUGGGUUCGCACGGUUUCAUAACUACACAUAGAUGGAAUGAGACGAUUGGAGCAUUUAUAGAUGUUGAAGCUUCUGGGACUGGAGGCCUCGAUUUGGUUUGCCAAUCUGGACCUGGGUCCUGGCCUUCAUAUGUUUAUGCUCAAUCAGCACUCUAUCCUAUGGCAAAUAGUGCAGCUCAGGAUCUCUUUGGUAUAAUUCCUGGUGAUACAGACUACAGAAUGUUUGCCCAAGAUUUUGGCGAUAUUCCUGGCCUGGAUAUCAUCUUCCUCCUUGGGGGUUAUUUUUAUCAUACCGCAUCUGAUACUGUUGAAAGACUAUUACCUGGAAGCAUCCAAGCACGUGGAGACAAUUUAUUAAGAAUAAUCAAAGCCUUCACCAACUCAUCUAACCUGCAAAAUGCACAUCAAAGGAGAUUAAGAUCUGCUGUCAAUAGAUCUGACAAUGAACGUGCAGUUUUCUUUGAUUACUUGUCAUGUUUCUUGGUAUACUAUUCACGAAAGCAAGCUAUGUUUCUUCAUAGUUUACCUGUUGUCAUCUUUUUUCUUGUGCCACUUCUCCUACGCUUUCCAACUUGGGGACUGACCUGUUGUUUUGCAACCUUUUAUGAUUUUCUUAAAGGAAUGUUAUGUCAUGCUUUUGCAAUUUUGCUAGCAAUUGUUUUUCCAGUUGCCUUUGCUGUCAUAAGACUGCUGUUUUCUGGUCAGUCAAUGAGCUGGUUUUCUACACCAUAUUUGGCAUUCAUGAUGUUUGUACCUAGUUCACUUGCUGGGAUGUUGAUUCCAAGAAUGCUCUGGAAAAGCUUCCCUCUGACUCAAGAUGUUUCUAUCCUGAAGUUGUCAAAAGAGGAACUAGUUACUGAAGCUAGAUUUUGGGGAGCAUUUGGGUUGUAUUCGAUUUUAACAUUGGCUUACCUUGCUGCUGGGCUGAGUGGAGGUUUCUUGACAUUUGUAAUGUCAGCAUUCAUGCUUCUUGCUUGGAUUUCCUUUCGCCUGUCUAUGAAGUCCUUUGUUGUCGGAUCAUUUAGGUCAACUGCAUGUUAUGUGAUCCCUCUCAUUCCUUGUGUUAUGUACACGGUGUAUUUUGGCGGAUUUCUUGUUGCUUUUGUGAUUGAAAAAAUGGGCAUGACAGGCUCACUUCCCCCACCUUUUGGGUACUUCAUUCCUGAUGUUAUAGUGGCAGCAAUUAUUGGACUGGUGACUAGUUGGUCUGUUGGACCUAUUUUGCCUGUUGUGAGCCACUGGUUAGCCAGGUCAUCUAUACUGCAUUUUUUGCUACACAGCAGCAUUCUCGCUUUGGCUCUUUCAUCACAAUUCUUUCCGUACAGUACCGAUGCACCUAAAAGAGUUAUAUUCCAGCAUACCAUCCGAAAUGCAGGUGCCAGUAAAAUUAUGGAAACUACCUAUGAUUUUGCCGUUGUUGACUCCAACACUCUGCCUUUCGUUUUCAAGCAUGCCUCUGAAGUGGCCAACACACUGCACAUUAAUACAGAAUUAUCCUUUGAUGCUGUCAAGCAGUCUCAUCAAGAGGAGUGGAUGGGGAUCUUUCCAAUAUCUUCGCUGUUUUCAAGAUGCAUGAAGUUUCCUGCAAAAGGAUCAGAUGUCUCGGCUGAAUACAAUCAUUUCCCACAUCUAACGACUAAUAAGCCACAAGAGAGUUUGAGUGGGGGUUCCCGUAGGAUCUACUUGGAGUUCUCCCUCGGUUCCUUGAAGGAAGUGUGGGUUGCAGUCCUCAAUAUUACUGGUUCGCUAUCCAGCUGGUCAUUUGCAGAUAACAUUCUUCCAGUUCCUGAGAAGACUGGUAAUGGUCCGCCAUCAUAUAUAUGUAGAUUAAGUGGUGCAGGCGAUAAAAACUGGACCUUUUGGUUGGAGACAAACAGUUCUGAGGCCAUUAAGAUUGAUGUGGCUGUAGUGGACCAGUAUCUGACAGAGUCUGCUGCUAAAUUGAAAGCCCUUUUUCCAGAUUGGGUGGAUGUGACUGCAUUCUCUAGUUUUAUAUCUACCUAUGUUUUCUGAGUUGUUCAAAGGGCAGAGCCUCGUUAAUUCUUUAUUACCAAAAAUAUGGUUUGUGUAGUAGACCUUUUAAAUUACUAGACUUCCUUUCUUUUUUCUUUUAAUAAACUUAUUGGCAAUGUGUUGGAGUCAAUUCCUUAAAUGGUAACUGAACUUGUAGUAA